AUGGGGGACACAUUAGGUUCUAAAUUUCAUAAUGUCGUGGAAACAUGCCUGAACGAUUACUGCAGAAACCCAUACCCUGAUCUAGGUGGCUGCGGGAACUGGCAUGGAACGGCAUCCUUUCCAUUCGUUGUCAACACCACGAAGGGUAACCAGUAUUUCUGGAAUAAUGUUACCUGCGCCGGGGUCAGUAAGGGGGUCAAUACGGAUAUUGGAGGACCUGGCGUCUUCGUCUCUUACUUGAUGCAACUGGGAAUAAUCUUUUAUUUCUGGAUCCUCCUCCGCUCAUUUCGCCUUUUCCCACUUCUGAUCUCCUUCUGUGCCAGAAGAAAGCAGCCCCGAGAAACCACACCUCCCACAAACCAAGCAGAAGGCAAGAUCAUCCCCAGAAGCCGUCAUUGCUUCGCCCAGCAUGACCGCAUUACAAAAGUGAUCCUCGUCGAAUUCCAAGAAGCCCAAUGCUUCUUCAUGAUCGCCUCGCAAGCCGCAAUUUUGCUCGCUAAGAAGUCUACUACCAUCUUCGAAUCUAACACCAUGCCCUCUCUCCGGGCAAACAACGGCGUUGCAGGAAUAGUUUCCAGUGCCGGUAUAUUGCCCGUUGUCAUGGGUAUGUGGAGCCUCCAGAAGAUGCACCUGGCAGAGGCCUGGACUUUUUCCUUGUCUGUUGCAACUAUCAUGGUGUCUGAAUUCGCGUUGUAUUGGACACUAGAGGAUCCAUCGAUUGAUCAACUUAGUGCCUUUGACUUCAACGGAUGGCCAGAGAGUUGUGGUGGGUAUGCGCCACCAUUGAUUUACUGUGUGGAUCAGAUUGAGGACUACUACCUAAGGGUCCCGCUCGUCUUUUUCUGGGAGGUGCUCAAUCCGUAUUGUUUGAUUGUGUUUGGACUGGAUGUCAUCUUGUGGUUUCAGCCAUAUGUUGUCAAAAUGGUGGAUAUUGACAGGGUCUGUCAGACUUUCGCUCCUCUCGGGCUCCGCAAUCUACUCUCACAUGUUCGACGACUGCUGUCUUCGACUUGGGGCGAAUGGAUCAAGUGGCUACCCAGUCUGCUCACAUUUUGUGUCGAGUCACUCUUUCUUGCGGCUGUCUUUCUGGAAUGUCUGUGUUUUGCCCAGUUUGAGCGUCUCAAGUUGAUCGACUUUUCGGGCUGGGGUUUUGGCCAGAUUGUUGCGAUGGCCAUUUGGUUCCCUGUGGCCAGCAAAUAUGCGUAUCUAAUAUUAUUUGGCACAGACUCUUACUCGCAAGCUCGCAUGCCUGAGUCUGAUCACCCCGAUGACGAACACAAGAAAACCAAAAAAGACGCCGACGAUGUUGAAUCAGCGGCUCUGCAGUCCUGCGAUGUAACCGAAAAGAAGACCCAGGAUGAGCAUAAAGCGGGUCAAUAA